UUAACACCAAUACUUUCAAUCAAAACCAUCAAAAUGGCGAAUGAGAGUGAUAAUCUUGGACUUGAAAUCACUGAAUUACGGCUAGGUCUUCCCGGAGAUAUCAUCGUCGUCUCCGGUGAGUCUAUCUCGGGGAAGAAAAGGGCCUCUCCGGAAGUGGAGAGUAACAUGAAAUGUGAACCGGCGACAAAGAGUCAAGUUGUGGGUUGGCCACCGGUUUGUUCGUACCGGAGAAAGAACAGUCUCGAACAGACCAAAAGUUCGUACGUGAAAGUGAGUGUAGAUGGAGCUGCAUUUUUAAGGAAGAUUGAUUUGGAAAUGUACAAAUGUUACCAAGAUCUCGCUUCCGCUCUACAAACUCUGUUCGGAUGUUCUAUCAAUUUUGAUGAUACGUUGAAGGAAAGUGAAUGUGUACCAAUAUAUGAAGACAAAGAUGGAGAUUGGAUGCUUGCGGGAGACGUUCCUUGGGAGAUGUUCCUUGGAUCAUGCAAGAGGUUAAGGAUUAUGAAGAGAUCAUGUAACAGAGGAUGAAUGAUUUUUUUAUCUAUAGUCACAUGUGUAUGUGAGUGAGCCUAAGAGAUAUCUAAAUAUACAUACAGUAUUUAGAGUUACUCAAAAGAAAAUCUCAUUUGAAUA